AUGAAAAGACCAGCGUUGAUUAUUAUAAUGGGUACUUCUGGCUGCGGUAAGAGUACCAUAGGUGAAGGCCUAUCCAGCACUCUCAACGUAGAAUUCAUCGACGGCGACAAUCUCCAUCCGGAGACCAACGUCGAUAAAAUGACGCGCGGGGUGCCUCUCAGUGAUGAGGAUAGACAGCCGUGGCUGCAGCGUAUACACCAGCGAGCACAAGAUAUUAGUGAUGCGAGUGAGAGUAGAAUGGAGAAACGACCAGUGAUCCUCAUAGCGUGUUCGGCGUUGAAGAAGAUCUAUAGAGACACACUGCGUGGAGAGACCAAUGUAGAUAAUAACACUCAGUUCCUGCCUAUCCAGACAUACUUCCUCUAUCUCAAAGGCACUCAACAAGCACUAGAAGCUCGAAUGGCAGCGAGGAAGGGGCAUUUCAUGACGUCCAAGAUGCUCAAUAGCCAGCUGGAGACGCUAGAAGAGCCAGAUGAAAGUGAGUGUGAUGUAAGGGCUGUCGAUAUUGACAGAGGAAGAGAUGAGGUGUUAGAAGAGGCUGUAUCAUCAGUUAAAGACUUAUUAGACUUGUAA